GCUCGAUCACUGCAUCGAAAUUGAAUCUUUUCGUUCUUUAUGAAAUAGCAAGUACUUUUUAUAUCCAUAGUGGUUCUAAAUGUUUGUUAUCGAAGAAGUUAUGCUUAGUGACAAUAAUGAAGUGUUUUCCGAAGAAGAGUAUCUUAUGGAAGAAGAAGGAGAGUUGCCAGAAUCGAAACAUAAAUCAACCAACGACUAUGCACAAGCAGCGAUUGUUCCAAAAAAGAAAGUUCCCAUUAUACGAAAACCGGGGGAAGUGGUUACUCCAGUUUAUCUAAGAACCGCUCAGUCAGCCGAAAAGGCACCUCCAGCUUCAAAUGCACCUCGAGCUAAUUGGAGCAAAAUCACCUCUCCUGCCAUGAGGAUACCGCUGAAACCGAGUCGCACAUCAGCUGUGGCACAGUUAUCCGACAAAGAUUUUCUUGAAGAUUGUAAAUCAGAUGAACAAUCUGAUUCGGACACGAAUGCCGACCUUACACCAAUAAUUGAUAAUUUCAAAACAAAAUACAAGGGUGAACAACUGGAUCGUAUUGAGCAAAAAUUAGAUUAUAUAGUUACACAGCUUUCCCAGCACGACAAUGUUUUGAAAACACUCAAACGCAGCAUCAAAGAGCUUCAAGCGUCAGAAUCAAAACGUGAAUCUAGCUCCCGGCCGUCAAACAAUGAAAGUUCAAAAAAGUCGCGUAAACGGCUUAUCAUGUUCCCAGUUGCCGACGAUAACUAUUUGGUUCGUAUGGAGGAAUUAGUUCAUGCUGAUGAGGAAGUCCGGGACGACUUAAUCGAUCUUUUCAACGAGGCCCCAGCCACUAGUGUGUAUGAGUUUUUACGAAAGAACACUUACUCUCUGUUUACGCAUACUUCGAAGUACACCUGGACCGGAAAACCAUCCAACAGAGACCUGACGGGCCCUCCAUCGAAUGUAGCACAAAAGCUAUAUAUUGUGGAACUGCUCAUAGUAUGUGCCUGCGAACGAUUUCCGGACACUGCCCGUGAGUACAUAGAAAAGGAGUUCCGACGGGCUUUGCGUAAUUUUAACGAUACGAAAUAUGUCAAGUGGAUGAAAAAAGCGGAAAGGGCGAAUGCGUCGAUUUUACCGGAUGAUGUUAAAUGAGUGGUAUUAAGAAAACUAAUAAAAUUGACAUUCAAAAAUAAA